AUGGCUGGCUGGUGGCCGUUCGGGGGCGGCUCGUCUGCCUCGAGCAACGCGACGGCGGCGACAACUCUGCCGAAAAGCGAAUUCGAUGAAUUCGUCCCUCCGCCGCCUGCUGGUGGGGCCGUCGCGCCUCCUCCCCCUCCCAAGGCACUGGGCGCCACAACGGUGGACGUCAACGCGCCCUUCAAGUCCUUUACCCCUCCGCCGCCUGCGCCACCAGGUGAGUUUCGUCAGUUGAACGCUGAAGCCAAGACGCAAUUCCCGCUCUGCCACGUCUGA